UGCUCAGAGUGUGGAAAGAGAUGUAUUACGAGUGGUGGUCUUCAAUAUCAUCAGAGAAUCCACACAGGGGAGAAGCCUUUUGAAUGCUUGGAGUGUGGAAAGAGAUUCAGUCAGAGUGGCAGUCUUCAAUACCAUCAGAGAACCCACAAAGGGGAGAAGCCUUUUGAAUGCUCAGAGUGUGGAAAGAGAUGUAGUACGAGCAGCGGUCUUCAAUAUCAUCACAGAAUCCACACAGGGGAGAAGCCUUUUGAAUGCUUGGAGUGCGGAAGGAGAUUCAGUCAGAGUGGCAGUCUUCAAAAUCAUCAGAGAACACACACAGGGGAGAAGCCUUUUGAAUGCUUGGAGUGUGGAAAGAGAUUUAUUACGAGUGGCAGUCUUCAGUAUCAUCAGAGAACCCACACAGGGGAGAAGCCUUUUCAAUGCUCAGAGUGUGGAAAGAGAUUCAGUACGAGUGGCAGUCUUCAGUAUCAUCAGAGAACCCACACAGGGGAGAAGCCUUUUAAAUGCUUAGAGUGUGGAAAAAGAUUCAGUAAGAGUGGCAGUCUUCAAAGGCAUCGGAGAAUCCACACAGGGGAGAAGCCUUUUGAAUGCUCAGAGUGUGGAAAGAGAUUCAGUCAGAGUGGCAGUCUUCAAAGGCAUCAGAGAACCCACACAGGGGAGAGGCCUUUUGAAUGCUCGGAGUGUGGAAAGAGAUUCUGUACGAGUGGCGAUCUUCAAAAGCAUCAGAGAACCCACACAGGGGAGAAGCCUUUUGAAUGCUUGGAGUGUGGAAAGAGAUUUAUUACGAGUGGCAGUCUUCAGUAUCAUCAGAGAACCCACACAGGGGAGAAGCCUUUUCAAUGCUCAGAGUGUGGAAAGAGAUUCAGUACGAGUGGCAGUCUUCAGUAUCAUCAGAGAACCCACACAGGG